AUGCCAUCGAAGAAGUACAAGUCGUGGCAACUGAAAAUCCACGAAAAGACGUAAGGAUUCUCACUAACCUGUCUAAUUACUAAUUUUAACCUUCCGUUUGCCACUGUGCAGAACGAACACAAGGAAGUUUUCAAUUUACUUUCAAGGUCCAAACUUUUAUAAUUCGUUAAAUUCUGACAUAACUAGUUCUCCCUCCUCCGCUUCUUUUAAAAGAAAGCUUAAGGAAUUUCUUCUCUCUAAGUAUUAGCUUCUGUAAGGCAGUAAUUCUUAACUAACUUAGUUAAUAUGUGUGUGCGUGUGUGUGUGUGUACGUGUGCGCGGUCAAAGUUAAUUACCAUAAGUCCAUAUUGUAAUUCUAAUAUAAGAUUAGUUAUUUUAAGUGAGAAAGCCUGACUUGUUAUAAGCCUCGUGGUUUCUUUCAGGUUUUCUCGCCAUUUAUUUUCUGUCAUCAAUUUUCUUCAUUUUUUUUUUUUCCAUGUGUAAAUGUCGUAUAUGGCAAAUAAAUAUUGUAUUGUAUAUUGUAUUGUACUGGGUAAUAGUUGGCUCACAAUGCGAUUGACUUCGCGUAUCUCCGCUAUCUAAAUUCAUUAUGUAGCAAAGUAGUUCUUAGAAUGGCACUAUUAAGCUCAGAUGUUCAAUAAGAGGGGCGUAAUUCAUACGUUUGGUGUGGCAAGAUAGAUCACAAAACAAACGAGGUAAAUUUUCAUCAUUACAUAGAUAAAUAUCGUGUUUUAGACAAUAUUUAUUGUUUUCUUUGUUAUCUACAGGAGCGGUAAUCCAGUUUGUCCAAAGGAUCGGGAAAUAAUUAAUAUUAAUAAGGUAGGAGAAGUAAUUAUUUCUUCCUAUGUCCAGAAGGCGCAUACUCCAUCAGUCCUCGAAAAAAUACAGCCCACGGCUUACUUAUCGAUAGCUACGCCGUCAGACCACACUUGAUUAUGGAAUUGCAUCUAUUGCAAGUGAUUGCAAGGUUUGCUGUUAAUAUUCGACUUUCGUAAACGAUACAACUUUGUUGGCCAACUUAAUUCAAAGUGAGGCACAAACACUGUUGAGUAAAUAGCUAUCAGGGCUAGGCUUUCCUCUUUUUCUGUGUUAUAUUCAUGUUUAUGAAAUACCCUUAACAUUUCAUGAUACUGCUUUGAAACUAGGUUAAUUACUUCCUCAAUGCUUUCUUAGAUGUAAUACUUCUGUGGUGUUUUAAAAGCCUUUUUAAAACUUUUCUUAUGGGCUUUCAUAGAUUUUACCUUCUGAUCGAUUUACCUCUAACUUUCUGCACCGUACAGGUCUUUUCUGACAAGGGCUUUGCCAGAGGAAUGUUAUCCCUUGAAGUUAGAUGCUUACAGAGUGAUAGAGGAUGUACGUGGGUUGGUCAGUUGCGACAUGCAGAGGUAAAAUAAAAGUUUGAUUAUUCUAAGUAAUGAUUGAAGGUGGAAACCACGAUACAUGUUUUUAUAGGAUUGAAAACCUCCUGUGAAUGUUGCAACAGUUAGCUACGUCUGGUGAACAAAGUAACAAAAUAUACGCCUGAUUAUGCGACCGAAAGAGUCAAUAAAUUGAAUUUGUAAAUCAAAGGACUACAUGUUUUUUUUAAAAGGUCAACCAGCUAACAGUUUCCUUCUCACUUCAGGAACAUAUUGGGGAGUGUUCUUAUGAAGAUCAAAACUGUUUGGCUUGCGACGCUCUUGUUCAAAGGCGAUAUUUGGAAAUGCACCAAAAUGACUCAUGCCCCAAAAGAAUCAUAGAGUGCGCUCACUGCCAGGAUGAAUACACUUUUAUAGAAAAACAGGCAAGUAUACCACUUGGCAUUUUAAAGAUAUCAUCCAUUAACAAUUGCCUUUUUAAGAUAUUGAAUUCCAUCUGGAGAGAAUAUAUUGUUUCAACAAAAUGCAAAAAAAAUAGAAAACAAAGUAUAUUGGGAAUACACUGAUAUAGAGUCCAAAAAAUGUUUAAACUGACAGACGAUCUCUUUUUGCUUCAGCGACACGAGGAAGUUUAUUGCAGACGCUUUCCUCUUACCUGCCCAAACAGCUGUGGAAAGAAAGAAAUACCCAGGGAAGAGGUAAAUGGUCUCUGACCCGACUGCUGUACGAUCUACAAGCUACUCCGUCGAUGUACAUUGGAUAAGACAGAAGAUAAAGAGUUAAAGCUUUUUUGCAUUAAAAAGUUCAGAGUGUGCGGUGUAUCUAAAUAAAUUUUUUAGUUCUCGUUUAUAUAGCGCUUUAAUGUUUGGUAUUCUUUUUUUCUUUCAAUCAGCUGCAAAGUCAUCUCUCAGAGAAAUGCCUAAUGUCAAAGGUGACUUGUCCCUAUGCAAAGGCUGGUUGCCUAUUUGAGGUUUGUCAUGAAAUUGUAAAUUGAUGUUUUCUUCGGGAUGGCUUUAUUGCCGCGAUGUUAUACUGCGUGUAGAACAAGAGAAAACGGUCCUUUUUAUACCCAUCCCAUCAAAAGUUUGCCACUAAUUAUAGUAACCAUCCCGUAAAAUUUGAAUUAAGCAAAGAAAUUCACCCAACCGGACAAGUUGGUGACGCAAAAAGUUUUAACCUUUGACAAUGUGGUUUAAUCGAGACUCCAGAGUUAAGCGCUAAGCACAAUAUACCAAUACCCUUGCCCUUCCUUACCAAGUCAGGAAUGGGACAGGAGUGUUGGCAGAUCUGUACUCACCUCGCCAGUAAUGUCAUGCAAGAUCAAAUUGGACAAGAUAAAGGCAAUUAAUGACACAAACGAUAACAAAAUCUUUGGGUAAAGGGGAACUAUACUUCAUCUGAUAACUUAUAACAGUGUUAGAGCUCUUCCCAAAGCCGGGGGUGAUAGGUAAUUUUAAAACCUAAUUGUACAUAGGUGUAAGCUGAAUAUUGUCACAUGGCAGUACAACUAUUAUAAAUUGUUGAUUGAUGCUGCUGGGUAACAGUUAUGAAGAAGGCUUUCACAUGAUGAGUAUUUUCAUUUAGGAAAAGUAACAUAUUUCGUUGAUUACAUGACAAGAUAGCUAACAUGUAUAUGACAAGGAAGAUGUUAUGCUACCUGCUUCAAUAAGAGCGGACAUCUUGUUACACAAACUGAACGUUCUGCAUCAUUUUUCUUUUGCAAAAUAUUUUAAUAAUCGAUUAAUUGUUUACAGUGCUUAACAUAUAACCCUAACAUUACUUACAAUGGUAGCAUUACCUGAAAUACUAAAAUUACAUUUGAUGUUGCACCUGCUACACUGUACUACACCAAACUACAUCUACCACACCUACUUCACAAAACUCCACCAAACUAUACAUACUAACAUCAACGCAGUUUAGGAGGUCUUAAGAAUAUUGAGUUUCUUUCCAUUCCACCGAGACUUGCGGUGAACGUAUAAAUGCCUGCACCUUGCAUCUAUAGACAGUUGUUAAUGUCCAUCCUCGAAGGUAAUUAAUUCUGUUUGUUUGUUUGUUUGUUUGUAGGACAAAAGAGUUCAUCUCAUCGACCAUUCAGAGGCAAGCAUAGAUCAUCAUUUAGAGAUGACAUUUUCUUCGCUAUUGGCUGCGAAAACUGAACUGUCAGUUUGCCAUAAUGGAAUGACAGAGUUGCAACAAAAGUUCCAUGAAAGCGAAGAAAAUAAUCGGAAACUCUCACAGUUAGUGGAGGAUCAUCGUGAGCAGAUUCGUGAUUUGACCUUGGAGACGAAGCGCUUGGGGAUGGAAAGCAUCCAACAAACGAAGACCAUUGAAGAAAUGUCCAAGAAAAAUUUCCUCCUAAUAAAACAAUGGAUGACAGAUAUGGAUGGUAAAAUCGCCCAACAAGGAACAAAGAUAGAAGAAGUGCACCGGAAAAACCUUCAGCUAGAAAGGGAGAUUAAGGAGAAAAACAGCCGACAUCAGAGGACAUCAAAGCCCUGUCAAAGGUUAGUGGAUCUACAGAAAACCAUGGAAUUACUCAUGAAUCAGGAUGACAGGAAAAUUACACUUUCAGCGAACCCCAUGAUAGGGUCACAGAACACCGCCGGGCUUCAAUUCAAGACAGAAAGCUUGAGUGAUACCACUGACACUUAAUUAUAGCUGUAACGAAGGCUUUUUUAGUUGUGAUUUGCAUGACGUUCAAUACCCUUUUGUUUUGUUUGGUUUUGUGUGACAUACUCUCGAAUUGUCGGCAUUAGGUUUCAUUCGGCCACGAGACACGGGUUAGUCGCAAGCCGGAUCGAAAGAUCGUCGAAAUACUAGAAUAAUAGAACGGGGAACGAGGUAUUUCAUCUUGUUUAUUUUGGUAUUUAUAAACCGAAACGUGUAUAAUCAAAGGUAGUUUUGUUUCGCUUAAGAUAUUUGUAUUUGAUUUUUUGAUUUAUUGUAUUUCAGUUUUUAUGAGCUUUCAAGUGAUUAAUAAACCAGCUGAGAUUGAUAGACGCUUGGAGGUUCCGUUAAUAUAAGACAUUUCCCCGACGCGAUGUUGAUCAAGUUUGAUUUGAUUUACGUCAGCGUCCGCCUCAUUACAAUAGCCUUACAAUGGAAUACUGAUGAAAGUAAGCUGAGACUUUUCACAACACUGAGCAAAGACAAUGUAAGCAUUUUAACCUUUGCAGGGAGAGGUCUAAUGAACAGGACCACAUGAACAUUUCUUAUUGAAAUUGUGUGACAGUCCUUACAAGUUGUUUGUUCUCGGCGAAAAAUGUGUCGUAGCUUAGUUUCAUUUGAAGCGCGUGUCCAUGUCUGCUGAUAACGCCCUGAAGUACCAAAAAAAGUAGAACAUUUCAAUACGUUUAUUGAAAAUGAACAUGAACGCGAACUUACCAUUUUUUUUUUUGCACUUUUUUAUACAGUUAGUUUUUUAUGUAAUCUUUCGCAUAAGUGAUCUUUUGAACUCAAGCAAGAAGUGUCCCUAAUUACAAAGCAAGAUAAACACUUGAAGAAAUGUUGAACCGAGAUAAAGUUCUAGUUCAAAAUGAACCUUGAUUAAAUACUACAUUAUUGUAGACAUUCCUGGGAGGUUUACGUCAUUCACCAAGAGCGCACUGAAUAGGAACUCUGCAAGCACGUGGAGAUAGGAAUAACUGGAACACGAUAGAAACAAUUCUCCUUUUUCGAUUCUGAAGUUGAAGUUGAAGGUUAUAAAGUUGUAAAUAAAUUGG